AUGCGUUUCUCCCACAUCCUUGCCUUCGCGGCUGCCCUUCCUUCCACCUUGGCGGCAUACAAGGGCUUCAAUUAUGGCUCAACUGGUCGAGACCAGGCGGCGUUUGAGGGCGAGUUCAACGCGGCGAAGAAUCUCGUGGGCUCCAGCUUCACCUCUGCCCGCCUGUACACUAUGAUUCAAGACGGAACCACCAAUACUCCCAUUUCAGCUAUUCCCGCUGCCAUCAACACUGGCACAACGUUGCUACUCGGCUUGUGGGCAUCUGCUGGUGACGCCCAGUUUGCCAAUGAAAUCGCCGCCCUCAACGCGGCCAUUGCUCAGUACGGCACGGCAUUCACCGAUUUGAUCGCCGGCAUCAGUGUCGGAUCCGAGGACAUCUACCGCAUUACACCCAUUGGCGUCGAAAACAACUCGGGAGCCGGUGCUGGGCCGGAUGUCCUCAUCAACUACAUUGGUCAAGUUCGAUCCGCCAUUGCUGGCACUGCCGUCGAUGGCAAGCCCGUUGGCCACGUGGACACCUACAAUGACUGGACGAACUCCAGCCAGAAUGCCUUGAUUUCAGCCUGCGACUUCCUUGGGGUUGACGCCUACCCGUACUACGAAACAACGAAGGAGAACUCCAUCGCCAACGCAAAUGCCACCUUUUGGGAUGAUUAUGAGGUCACCGUAGCCGUCAGCCAGGGCAAGCCCGUCUGGAUCACUGAAACCGGUUGGCCGGUUUCGGGCGCGACCAGUGGCCAGGCGGUCGCCUCCAUUGACAACGCAAAGGCAUACUACGAUGAUGUUGCCUGCCACGCUUUUGCCAGCGACAUCAAUACCUGGUGGUACAUCCUCCAGGACACCGGGGCGGACCCCAGCUUCGGGCUUGUCGGCGCUGGCACUCCGCCUCCCACCACUCCACUGUACAGCCUGGCCUGCUAA